CUACAUUAGUUCAUGGACUUUUCGAUUAACGAGAUACGUCAAAUUGGUGUCAAGUUUUGGAUGAUAGUAUGUAGUAUAGAAAAGCUUGUUGUCUAUACAAGUAGAGAUUCUCGUUAAAACAUAUUUGAUGAAAAAAUAUUAUUAAUAAAAAGGAUAAAAAAUUAACGACAUGAAUCGUUCGAAGAAUGACAAAUAUUUGUCAAAAACGUCAAGACAAUACAACGUUGUAUUUGUAUAGAAUAAGACAAGGUGUCUAAUAGGGUGAUGGUAAAGAAUUGAAAGGGGUGAAAGAAUAGAAGGAGAAGGUGGAGUUGGAGGAAGAGGAAGAGAAAGAAGAAGAAGAAAAAGAAGAAGAAGACGAGCAGUUGGUGGAAGAGGUGGAAGGGGAAAAGAAAAAGGAGGAGGAGCUUAUCUACAGUGCAGAUCGCGAGGGCGCGGGGCCGCGACCCUGAGCCCGAUACGCGCAAUAUUAUCCUGGACAGCGAACCUGUAAUAGUAGUGUAGUGUGGUAAAUGCAAUCGAAUGCGUUGGAGUAUUUAUCGACGAAAGUCUUAUUCGUUUUGAAUAAAAAGUGAGAUAUCAGGAUAGUUUAAUACGGUGCGAGAGAUAUUAAUGUGGAAAAAGGUCAAGAGUUCAUGAUCGGUUAAACGAAAAGGAACGAUGAUCUGGAUCUUAUGUAGAGUUUGAUGAUAAACCAUCUUACUUCGUUUCUUCUUUAAUAUCUCUGAAUAAAGAUUUCAAAUAUCAAAUCGUUUUUUUGUAUACAAGUAUAUAAGAAAUAUUUUUAUUAAGGUGUGUCAGCAAAGAAAGUGUUAGCAAAUAGUAAAAGUGUAUGCGACUGUGCGACGAGUGAUAGUUUUUUCCCUCCUCCCCACUCCUCCCCCUUACCACAUCUUAGAAUUAUCUUUUAGCCUUCUUUUUUUUCUAUUCUGUGAAAGUGUUCCUUGUGCAUAAUCGUUUAUCGGACGACUCAAAAAUGCCGCUUUUUGGUAAGAAGGAUUCUAAUAAAAAAAUGAAGAAAGAUGGGAAAGACGAUAAAUCACCAUCCGUCGAAGACAAAUAUAUUUUAAAGGAAUUGCUUGGAACGGGUGCUUUCUCCGAAGUAAGAUUAGCAGAAAGUAAAGAAAAACCUGGUCAAAUGUUCGCUGUCAAGAUUAUUGAUAAAAAGGCAUUGAAAGGAAAAGAAGAUUCUCUAGAAAAUGAAAUCAAAGUAUUAAGGAGGUUCAGUGAAAGAGUGACACCACAGAGUGGUGCUGGACUCCUCAAGUCGGAUAGUAGUGGCGAAACAGGAUGGUUAACACAUCCUAAUAUAGUACAGCUAUUGGAAACUUAUGAAGACAAGAUUAAAGUGUACUUAGUUAUGGAGUUAGUUACUGGCGGCGAGCUUUUUGACAGAAUAGUUGAGAAAGGUUCCUAUACAGAGAAAGAUGCCUCAGGUUUAAUAAGACAAGUCUUAGAAGCAGUUGAUUAUAUGCAUGAACAAGGUGUUGUUCAUAGAGAUCUUAAACCAGAAAAUCUCUUAUAUUAUAGUCCAGAUGAAGAUAGUAAGAUUAUGAUUAGUGAUUUUGGUUUAUCAAAAAUGGAAGAUUCAGGAAUAAUGGCCACUGCUUGUGGUACACCAGGAUAUGUUGCUCCUGAAGUACUUGCUCAGAAGCCAUAUGGUAAAGCAGUUGAUGUUUGGAGUAUAGGUGUCAUCUCGUAUAUUCUUUUAUGCGGAUACCCUCCAUUUUAUGAUGAAAAUGAUGCCAAUCUCUUUGCACAGAUUCUAAAAGGUGAAUUUGAAUUUGAUUCACCAUACUGGGACGAUAUCAGUGAUUCAGCUAAGGAUUUCAUACACAAGUUGAUGUGCGUCAAUGUUGAGCAACGCUAUACAUGCAAACAGGCCCUAGCACAUCCUUGGAUUUCUGGAAACGCAGCUAGCAAUAAAAAUAUCCAUGGCUCCGUAGGAAAGUCUCCCUCUUCUCUCAUGGUUCCAGCAAGCGUAUCAUGCAACCACGGUCAUACGUCAGAUGCAGAGACUGGCACUCAACAGCGGCCAGCAGCAACAGGGCCCAGGAUCAGGCCCUUGCAGCGGCAACCUCACGCCGUGUCCCGAUCAAUCGCAAACCAAUCCCAGCAACCAUCAGCACAGACCACUGGGACCUCCAAACAACCUCAAUUGAAGGAUAUUCUUGAGCCAUCAUUGUCCACACCAAACUUGGUGGCUUUGCCAACCUCUCCCAUUCCACUUACUCCUAGCUCUCCAUUAUACUUACGCAGUAAACGCUUUAAAUUAUGGGGCAGUACGCGCACUGCUCUUUCUACUCUUUUUCGAGUGAAUGUCUCGUAUCUUAGGAAACAAAGGAAAUAUAAAAAAAGUUGAAUCUCAAUGCUAAACAUUCUCUAGAAGUUAAUGUCAAUGAAAUAUAACGCUUUGUAAUCAUUAUUUACAAGGUGUGAAAGAGCUAUAUUACCUCAAGCUAAAAUGCUUUAUUACAAUUUCCUAUGACAUAGUGAAAUGCUGAUUAUGUAUAGUAUACAAAUUAAUGGAUUGCACGAUGAAUCACAGUUUUCACACACUGUUUCUUGCCUUUUUAAAAACUGGGAUAAUUAUUUCCUUUUUUUUCUUGAUUUUUAAAAAUAUUUGUAUAUAAAUAUUAAACGCUAUUGUGUUAAACAUUAUUAAAUGAUUUAAAUGAAAUUAACGAAUUAUCUCAAGAGAUAUAUAAGAAGAAAUUGUUCUCCACAUAAAUUUUUAUAUGAUUCAAUAUAUUGAUUUUAUACCCCCUAAAAAGUCUUAUAAUUCGUUAAUAAUCUAACAGUAUAUAUGUAUGAUUUAUGAAACCUAACUAGAUUGAAUUGAUUAAUCAUUAAAAAUCGGGUGAACAGUACAACGAUAAAUGUUUAAUCUUUUAUAAAAUCUGAGAUUUAUAAUGAACAUUUAUUGUUCAAAACAAUUCUGUGUAAUAUAAAUGUAUUAAACAUGUUUCGAAAGAAUUGUAUUUAAUAUUAUACAAUAUAUGUGCAAGAUAUUUUUAUUAUUUUAUUUUAAUAUCGCAUUAUAAAUAAUUAAUUUAUAACAAACAUUAUCCGUACGUAAAGUAUGUAUAAAAUUUAUUGUUCUAUAUCGAUAAUAUUAAAUAUUUCUUACAGAAUUGUACUUGAACAAUGAUAAAACUUUGAGGAUCUGUUUCUUAUUGUAUAUCUUUACGUGUCCUAAAAGGAACGAAAUACUUUAUUUUCUAAUCUUGUAUAUAUCAAGGCAAUACGCGUAUAAUUCUUUUAUAGUAAUUGCUUAUAUGAGAAAAAUGAUUUUACAUUAUAUAUAAAUUAUGUAUGAUUGUCAAACAAACCCCGUGUGUGCACUUGACUUAUUGCAAAUUUGAGUUUAUAAAAGUGUACUUUUUCUAAUAGUUUAUAGUUUGGAAAUAAUUGUAGAGAUGCAUGUAAUUCUCUUGCCAAGAUUAAUCGCAUGCUGUGAAAAGUACAUUAAGUACUUACGUCUAACGGAAGUACUUUUGAAAUCGUGAUAGACAAACAAAUAUCCUUUUAAAAAAAAUUGCUAAGAUUUUUGGAAACAAUUUUUCAGAUAUACGUACAUAGUAAUUAGUUUCCAAGCUUUUGCGUGGAUAUGUUAUAUUUUACGGGAAAAAAAGGAAAAAUUAAAAUUGUUUACACUAAUUAAUAGGUAUAUGAAAUUGAUUUCUUUUUCUUUUUUUUUUCCAUACAUGUUAAGUAUAUUAUGUGGUGAUACUAGUGUAUUAGUUUAAUGAUACGAAGCAUUCGUUACGUUAAGCAGCAACAAAGACAUUACCCGCGUUAAUAAAAGUGCACACAGACACAUGCAUGUAUGCAUAUGAGAUUAUAAUAAUACUAAUAUUUUUAAUCUAUCUCACACUGUCUUACAAAAAAAAAAUAUGUAAAUAAAAUACAUAGAUAUACAUAUGCAUGCAUACUUUUCAAUAAUUUUAAGAUACAAAUAUAAACAACAUAUAUAUAUUAUAAUGUGAAAUUUAUUAUGCUAUUAUAUAUGUUCAUAUAUACAUUAUAUUAAAAGUUAUAAAAAAACUUUAUUUUCGGGAAGUUAUUAUAAAGCAACAUCUAAAUUAAACUAAAUUAAAUUAUAAUAAAUGUUUGCAUAUUUUGAUUUAUUUAUUCAUCAAACUUUUAGUAUUUGGAUAAUAUACUUUCUGCAAUAUUUGUAUGAUAUAAUCUACAUGCAAAACUCUUAAAAAUAAUAUUCUAACGAAAAUGUAUAAAAUGUUACAUAGCUCAUGUAAAUGUUGUAAAAAUAACUUGUGUGUUUGUAUUUGUAUCUUAUUAAUAGAUUAUUUAUAAUUACCACAUAUACAAUAAUAUCUAAAAUUUCAGAAUAUAGAUGUUUGCAAUUUUAUCUUCUCAGACAAAUUGAGAAAUUCACCUUUUUUAUUUGGGAUGUUUUAAUUAUGCUCAUGCAAUCACACUUUUUCAUAAAUAAUAUCUGCAAAGUGCAAUGUAUGUGUGCCUCUUGUGAUAAUGAUAUUAUCGUAAAUUUUAAAGAACUUAUUAUCUAAUUACAAAAAAUCAAAAUUCAUGUUUGAAACUAUUAAUCGUUUAAAUGACAUAAAAGAGAUGCAUAUAAAAAUUGUUGCGAAAAAUACAUGUUAUGUAUGUGUAUUUAUAAUAUGCACAUGCAGUAUCAAAAAGAAUGACUGAAUUGAAGAGAGGUUAUCUGCAAAUAAAAUACUUUGAUAUUAAUCAAAACAAAAAAUUAUUGCUGUGCUAUAGAAUCAGGUGAUGUUUCUUGUUCUGUGAAAAAAACUUCAAGUUUAUAAAAAGAAUAAUAUUUUAAACAAAUAUAAUACAACAUAUGGAAGUAAUAAAUUCAAAUUACAUAACGUUUAAGAA